ACAGCGACACUACCGAUGAUUUUGUAAUCUUAAAACCGCCAGAGCUUCGGACCCACUUAAUCAGUCUCGAUUCGGACGCAAUGACAAACGCAGGUCGCGGUGGUUUCCAUUCGGCGGUGGUGGCGGUGGCGGUGGUGCUGCUUCUCGUUUUUUUGGCCAUUCCGUGGAGUGAUGCCCGUAACUCCCAGAGCCUACACGUGCGAUUGCCACAUGGUGGUUGGCUAAUCGGUCGCCACCUGACCACCCACAAUGGCCGGCACAUGCAGGCCUUUAUGGGCGUUCCCUAUGCCGAGCCCCCGCUCGGCGAUCUCCGCUUCCGUCCGCCAGUGCCCAAGGCCGCCUGGGAGGGCGAGCGUCUGGCGGUGAAGGACGCCCCCAUCUGCUUGCAGCGCGAUCCCUUCCGGCGCGACAUGAUCAUCGAGGGCUCCGAGGACUGCCUCUACCUCAAUGUCUACACUCCGGAGUCGCCGAAAGUUAAUGGUUCCCUUCCAGUUAUGGUCUGGUUCCAUGGCGGCGGUUGGCAGUGCGGCUCCGGCAUCAGUAGCUUCUACGGCCCCGAUUUCCUGCUGGAUCAUGAUGUGGUUUUGGUCUCGGCCAACUUCAGGCUCGGUCCCUUGGGAUUCCUCAGCACGGAGACCUUGGACUGUCCGGGAAACAACGGCUUGAAGGAUCAGCUCGAGGUGCUCCGGUGGGUUAGCGCCAACAUUGCCUCUUUUGGCGGCGAUCCAAAGAGUGUAACGGUCUUCGGCGAGUCCGCCGGUGGAGCCAGUGUCACCUACCACAUGUUGUCGCCAAAGUCCAGGGGUCUGCUGCAUCGUGGCAUCGCCCAGUCGGGAACCUAUUUCAAUCCCUGGGCCCAACCCGCUCACAAGGGCGUAGCCGUCAGUCGGGCCACCAAGCUGGCCGAGUUGGUGGGUUGCGGUUCCCUUGGAGAUUGGCCAGAGAAGCUGCAGUGUCUGCGGGGGAAGCCAGCAGAGGAUAUUGUCGCCUCCUUGUACGACAUGUUUGUCUGGGACUUUGAUCCGAUGAUCCCCUUCCCGCCAGUCAUCGAGCCGGAGCACGAGGACGCCUUCUUGACAGUACCACCUCGCCAGGCCCCCCCACCACACGGCCUCCAGCUGCCACUGAUGGUGGGCGCCACCGCCGAGGAGGGCCUCCUGAAAACAGCCGCUCUGCUCAAUCUGCCCCAUCUCAUGGCGGAGUUUAAGUCGCAGUUCGACCAGGUGCUUCCCGUGGUGCUGAACUACGACCACCACGAGGAUUCGGUGAAACAGAGUAUAACGCAGCGGAUCGAGAGCUUCUACUUCAAGGCGGGCCACGACUACGACAAGGCCAACCACCAGAACCUAACAGAUCUCAUCUCCGAUGGAUGGUUUGUGGCUGGAAUUGACGAGUACCUGCGCCUUCGAAUGUCCCAUGAGGAUGUGGCCCCCACAUACGUUUAUCUUUUCGACCACAAGGGCGCCGCCAGCUUUUCGGAGAUCUUCAAGGGCGAACGAAACGAGUUCUAUGGAGCUUGUCAUGCGGAGGAGCUGCAGUACCUCUUCCCCAUUGGACGAGAGCUGUUUGUAAGUGCGGUGCCCACGAAACAGGAUCUGGAGCUGCGCGAACUGAUGCUCCAACUGUGGGUUAGCUUCGCCACAACUGGCAAUCCGAAUCCCACGAAUGUGACCACCAGCUUGCCCGUGUGGAAUGCUGCUUCCAGUUACCCGGUGGAGUACGUGCGACUGGGAACCAAGGCGGAUGACCAGGUGGCCGCCACCAAAGCGUCGCUGUUCAGGCUGGAAAAUGAACUAAUGCAGCACCGUGUCGACUUUUGGCGCGACUUGAAGCCCCAUUUGCCCGCCAGCCACGCCCACAACGAACUGUAGUCCGAAGAAGCUAAUGUAUUAUUAUUUUUUUUUUAACUCUGUAUUAUUUCAUCGGUGAAUGGGAGUACACCAAGCAGAUAAAUAUCAAACCAAACAAAUUUAAAAAUUAAAGUUUAUUUUUUUUUAUUUAUAAAGGAAUUGCCAACAAUUUUAAAGUGCGGGCAAUUUUUGCUUUUGUAUUAAGCAAUAGCUACAAUGGCCUUCUGCUUAAGAUCUAUUUUAUAAUAUGUAACAUGUGUGGUGUUCUUAAAUUAAGUGUUAAUGACUAAGUAUUUUAAUUAGAUUCUAUUUACAUAUUUAUGUAUAUGGAAGUUUCAAUUUAUAUUGUGUGGUACAUUUUUAUGUUUUUUAGGAAUUGUACUGUUUGUUGUAUAUUAUCAAAUGAGGUGAUUUCAGUUAAUGUUUGUUUUAAUUUUAGUUUUGAUCUCUCUUGCUCGAGGGCAGGACAGUCGAUUAAUAAGUGUUGUAGGGUUAGUAUUGUGUUGCAGUUUGGGCAGAUUGGAGGUGGUGUUUUAGUAAGUAAGUGACUGUGGGUUAGGUUGGUGUGUCCUAGUCUAAUUCUUAAGAAUUUAAUUGAGUCGGCUCGAGAGAUGUUUUUGCUUGGUUCACUGUCGUGGUUGAUGUUUUUGUAGUGUGAUGAGGAGUGGUUGAGUAUUUCGUAUUUGAGGGAUUGGGUGUUCCGUUUAAUGUGUUUAAGGAUGUCUAUUUGGUUGAAGUUGUUUUGGAUGAUAAGAGGGAAAUUAUGGGCUUUUUUAGCAGUUUCGUCUGCGAAUUCGUUACCUAUGAUCCCGCAGUGUCCUGGGACCCAUAGUAGCAGAAUUUUAUUUUUAUUGUCUUUAUUUAAUAUAUUCCUUAUGGAGGAGGUGUAAAAGUUGUGGUUUUUGAUGUUGUCGAUUUCUUGUAAAGCUGAGAGGGAAUCUGUGCAGAUUACAAAUUUCCCUCCAUGUUUGCUGGCGUAAUUGCAUGCUUUAAGGAUCGCUGAUAUUUCGGCUGUGUAUAUGGAGGAGUAUUGAGGUAGAAUGUGGUGUUCUAUAAUCUCGUUUUCUGUUGUUACGCUGAAUGACACUCCGUCAGCUGAUUUCGAUCCGUCUGUAUACAGGAAAUGUCUGUUUGGUAGUGUGUUUUUCAGUUCGUUGAAACGUAGUUGGUAGGUUAAGGGUGGUGUAUCUUCCUUGGGUAGAGUGUGAAGUGAAGUGUUUAUAUUUGUGAUGUGGUGCAGCCAGUGAGGGGUCUUUUCCCUUUUGCAUGUCAGCGGUGAUAUGUGUAUAUUAAGAUUUU